AUGGAAAAGUUCUCCCAAUUCCGGGAUCGCGGCUCGGGCAUUGCGCCCUUCCUGCCCAUCCCAUCCGAGCCCGUCGGCCUGCAAGCGCCCUUGCGAUUCUUCCUCUUCUGCUUCCGCCUCCCGCUCUUGAUCUUCGUCACCGUCAGCUACUUUCUCGUUCUCCAAUGGCUUCCGAUUGGUUCGCUGGGCAAGAAGGCGGCCCUCUGGUGUAUCCUGGGCGUGCCGAGUAUCUGGUGGAUUGAUCUGCAAAUUGACGGCGUCAGGAAAGGAUCACUUUCCAAGCAGCAGCAAGCCCGCUUGCCCCAACCGGGUUCGGUCAUCGCCUCAUCUUUCACCUCCCCCAUUGAUGCCGUAUACCUCGCCGCCAUUUUCGACCCGGUCUUCACCGCGUCAUACCCCGAUUGCCGCCAGGUGCAGCGGAUUUCCCUCCUCCAGGCCAUCUUCCGUGCCUUGGCGUCUCCAUCCACACGACCCGCACCCGGCACCAGGAUGGUGGACAUGGCUGAUCUGGUGGAGAAAUACCCCAACCGCCCCAUCGUCAUGUUUCCCGAAUGCACGACCACCAAUAGUCGAGGCAUCUUGCCUUUGAGCCAUGCGCUACUGGGGGUGCCGGCCCGGACCAAGAUCUUCCCCGUCAGCCUUCGAUAUACCCCUGUGGACGUGGUGACCCCGCUCCCGGGUAGCUAUAUAAGCUUCUUUUGGGCUCUGCUCAGCAAGCCAACGCAUUGUAUUCGCGUGCGCAUCGCUGAGGCGAUUGUGAGCAGCCGCAGCACGGCUGCUAUCGACAUGCCACCGGCCCGAUCUACACGCAACUCAAACUAUAACACAAAUUACCUAGAUACCAUGGACCGUGAUUCCGCCAUGAAUGGGGACGACGGUAUUACCACAGCUGAAAAAGCCCUGCUCGAUCAUGUGGGUGAAUCUCUUGCCCGGUUGGGCCGGGUCAAGCGUGUUGGUCUCGGGGUGAAGGAUAAGCAGGAUUUCGUGCGAAAGUGGACUAAGACGCGCAGCACCUGGUGA